AGUGGCUUGGAUAUAGCGGCAUGUUUAAAAAGGGAUUGCUUGUUUUUUUUUUUAAUUUGCUUUUAUUUAAAAAAAAGUUCACACUUCUAAUAGUUUUGUGUUGUUGGUUGUUGUUUUUUUUUUCGCCAAAUGUGACGAAUGUACCUGAUACUGAAAGCGACUCACAGAAAUGAAAAGUCUUUGUCGAACAAAGUUGUCGAGGGUGUAUCACUCGCGAGUGAAUAUGUCAUUGAUAUGAGUGGCUUGGAUAUAGCGGCAUGUUUAAAAAGGGAUUGCUUGUUUUUUUUUUAAUUUGCUUUUAUUUAAAAAAAAGUUCACAACUUCUUUCAAAACAGAUGCUUGAACAUUUUGUCACUAAUGGUUUUCUUUCAUGAAAAAAUAUUUUGGUAACAGGCUAAAAUUAUAUUUAAUAGGUUGUAGCGUGACUCCUUUGCUCAAACAUCCAACGAGACAAAACCGAGGAUGGGGGUUCUUUGCACAUCUUUGUCCGCCGUCACGGAGUGUGCAUCCGCUGUGAUCUAGAACGCAACUUGUUCACCGCCGCUACUACCACCAUCCCCCGCACUAGCUUCCCCCCUCUGCCCCUGCCCGUCUCACUGCUCGUUCUUUCAUUGUGCUCGAGAGCACUCAGCAGCCGAGGCAAAUGGACACUUUAGCUAUCAGAAUAAUCUAACCAUGCAAACUUUGCAAUCAAAGGCGGAAAUUUGUCAUGUGUACAGUACUGGCUUUUGAUAGGGAACGACAGUAUUAUACUUCAAACGGUAGCUGCUUAAGACUGGUGGAGCCGUAACUUUUUUUUUUUAAAGCAGAGAUAUUUAUGAGAGUACAAAACGAGGGCAAUAAGCUGAGCUACUGCUUCUUCGCACUACGAGGUUGACCUCCAGAAACUGUAGCGAUGGUGUGGACGUCAAGCGACCUCUGAUGCAGCAUCGACAUGACUUAAAUGUAAUGGAAUGGAAGCGAUAGACAAUGAGCAGCAAGGUCUAAGUUUUGCCUGCUUGAACUUGGAGCAGCCAUGACAUUACACCUUUUAACUGCUCGAAGCUGGGAAAAUAACUGGUCGACGUUUGACUCUUUUAAAGGUGAAGACAGGUCCAAGGCUUGACCACUCUGCCUGCAGGGACAAGUGUCAGACAAACGGUUCCACAAUGCUGCCUUGCCCAUGGACUGCGUAGUGCCGAAAGUUUUGACGAGUGGUCUUGCAGUCAACGAGUCAAACUUUUGACUUCCAUUCCUGACUGCUGCCCUCACCGUGUGCUCCGUAGUGCUGCGGAAACCUCGUAACACUGUCACCGCCUCGGAGAAGACACGGUUGUCUGCUCCUUUUCAGCGCGCCCCGCGGGGUGGACACGGAGAUUUGCACACCGAUAGUGGAAGCGGGCCUGUGAAGUGGAGUUUUGCAGAACGCCCGAUACACUUCAGAAUCAUGGACCGUGACAAGGUAGCGCGGGAAGGGGAGACAGAGAGAUUCGUACGGGAUCAGUCCAGGUGCUGAAAAGCCCAAAUCAGGAGGCCGCCAUGCCGCACACAGGUCAGACUGGGGUUAACCAGCUUGGAGGAGUGUUCGUCAACGGCAGGCCCCUCCCAGAGAACGUACGGAGGAGGAUCGUGGAGCUGGCCCAGCUGGGGGUGCGACCCUGUGACAUCUCGCGACAGCUCCUUGUGUCACACGGCUGCGUGAGCAAGAUUCUCACGAGAUUCUACGAGACUGGUUCGAUCAAGCCGGGUUCCAUAGGCGGCAACAAACCCAAAGUGAGGCAAGUGGCGACACCACAGGUGGUGCGUAAGAUUCUGGACCUCAAGCAGCAGUCGCCAUCCAUUUUUGCCUGGGAGAUCCGGGAGCAGCUGCUGGCACAGGGCGUGUGCGACUCCGCCUCCAUCCCCAGCGUCAGCAGCAUCAACCGCAUCCUCCGCAACGCCAGUUCUUGCUCCACCAGCGCCACCUACCCCGGCGAAGCCCAUUUCCCUUCCCCUCUGGGCCUGGACUUCCUGGGCCGUCAGUUCAGUAUGGGCGUCGGACUCGGAGGCGCCGUGACGUCACUUCCUGGCAUGCCCGUGGGCCUGCCUGGGAUGCUGGGGAUGUCCGAGAGUCGCCUUCCCUUACCUCGGGACGGCGCUGUCGACGGUGGGGUUCCCCUGCCGCAUGCUCACCCCAACAUCUUGUCAACCGACCCCGUGGGGAGCCCUCCAGGGGGGCCCGUCUGUGCUGCCAGCGUGCCGGGGCUGCUGAGCAUGGCCAGCUAUCCGGGUGCCUGGUACCCACUCAACCUGUCCAUUCCUGGACUGUCCUUUCCCCGCCUUGUGCAGCCCCUCGUUCUGGAAUCGGAACAGUCUGGCAUCGCAGCAGUAGACUCCGACAGCAACAGCAUGGAAUCGAGGCACGGCGGACCUUUGGAGAGACAAAAAGUCGACGAAGACUCGAAGAACGUAAAGCGCCAAGACGUGGAUGUAAAGCGAGAACGGGAGGCCACUCCUCCAGGCAAUGACGCUCAGGCCUCGGACAGAGAAGGUAACUCGCGCUCCGCGCCAGCCAGUCCCCGAGACGACAAGCAGAACGAGAAGACAGAUGAUCAAGAGUUGAAAAACCCAGGACACACGAGGGAAACAAAAGAAGGCGCUGCAUACAGGCUGAAACGGAAGAACGCCAGCCACGAAGCAGAUAACGCAGACAAAAACGGAGAGAAAGGCAGGAAAAGACCUAAAGCGAGCGACAUUUGCGCCAGAAUUGAUGACAGGGGAAGACAUGAGACUCUCGGCGCAGGGGAGGCAAGGGACGACAUCAUCGUCUCGUCUGCAGCAAGCGUUUUCGCGUUCCAGCGACCUCCGUCCAUCUGGCUCGCUGCGAAGGAAACCGGGGAAAGUCAGCACCUGUCACUCACGCCCUCACGCUCCGCCCACGAGGCCAAGCUGCUCCACCCACACCUUUACGGCGGACCUCUUGGAGCGCUCGGCCUCGGCGAUGGCCACGGCUUGGGUUUAGCCCCGCCCCCAUUCCCUCCAUUUUCCAGGGGCUUUCAGUCGCUCUGCUCCCCACGGUUCCGAGCUCCCAUUUGUCCUCUUCAACUCGGAGCUUUCCGCAGUGCGAUUGGACCUGUUCCACCCACGUGAUCAUGCAGCUUGUACAGUUGCAUGUAUUAUUUGUUGUACAUUAUAGGCACAGAGAGGGAGAAGUAACAGUUGAUAAACAAAACAGAUUACCCCUAAAAACAUUUAUACUUCCUUGAUAAGAAGACAGUUCCCAAACAACCCUUCAAAAAGAUGAUCCCUCAAGGAGGCUUUGACCACAGAGGUUUAUGGUCACAGACUAGUAUUUGCGAAGAUUUCCCAGUAUCACAGCUAUGAGGACGAUGACGAGCAAGCAGCCGCGCGUGAUGUGAUGAUAUAUGUAACCUGUUAGUACAUAAGGAAUGGUUCCGCCCCCGCCCCUAAAUCCCCCCUCCAACUCCGAGGCUAGCAGUUCAGUUCAGUAAGAUCAUGCCAUCACUAUGUCUCUCCCUAGGCAGCGAGAAAUAAGCGAAAAAGAGAUAACUGCUUCGACAACAAUUCCACACCGUGCAUUUACUGGUUAGGGAAUUUGUGUUUUGUUUUUAUUUUUGAUUUGUUACAGAUGUCACAAAGACAAAGACGAUUAGUGAUUGGUGUGUGUGCGUGUGUGAGAGAGUCCUUACCGUAUCUGUAUGAUAUCUAUAAGUGCAAUAUCAAGUCUAUUUCCACGCUCCACUUACUGUGUGUUUACAAACAUUUUGGAACUAGCUUUCAUCAUUUUGAAAAUAUCGCUAGCAUUUCGUCUGUAUCUAGGCUGACAAUAAUAAUAAUAAUAAAUUCGGCGAAUAUGAC